AUGGUCGUCCCCAACGAACAUGUAAUUACCUACAAAUCUCAACCAUCGUGUAGAAGCAAACUUAUCACAACAAUCGACACCCAUCAAUUAGCCAAUGUGGGCUCACCGGUAACCGAAAAAGGACUGGUUAUUCAACUUCUCAGUGGCCUUAGUGAAGCUUACGGUGUUACUGCCACAAUUCUUCAAAGCCAGAAACCUUUCCCCAACUUCUACGAAGCCAGAUCUGCUCUUGUGCUUGAAGAAACUAACAAAGCCAACCGCCUUUCUACUGAUUCGGCCUUACUAACAGGUUCAGGUUCGGGUGCUAAUGCUUCUACUCAAGCACCCUCUUCGGGUUCCGGCGCUAUUCCCCACUCCUCCAACAAUCGUGGCAGUCGAGCUUGGGGUCGUGGCCGUGGUUGUGGUUCUGGCCAAUUUCAAAAUUGGUCCUCACCUCCGGUUGGAGCAUCAUAA